AAUAUUCUCCUUCUAUAAUUUAUAAGUUUAUAGUGUGUGGGAGUAGAAGAUUGAGGUUAUAAAAUUAGCUGGAAAUAAAAAUAAUUUACCCAAUUUAGACUAUGAAUAGAUAUAACAGUGAAUGAAAACUGAUUAAAAAUGGCUUUGCUUGGAGCCCAGUUAGUUAUAACACUGAUUAUGGUGUCCGUGAUCCAGAAAUUAAGCAAUUAUUCGUUUGCACGGUGGCUUUUGUGUUCGCAAGGCUUAUACCGGUAUCUGUACCCAGACAAUAGUGAACUGAAGACGUUGGCUGGGGUGCCAAAAGACAAGCCUAAGCAUAAAAAAGGCGGCAAGAACGAGGCCAAUGGAAAGGCGGAGACUUUCCACGUCCCCCGAAGCCUCGAUCUUCAGUUGGAGACGGCGCCUGUGACUGCACUUGAUGUUGUGCACUUAAGGUUUUACACAGAGUACCUAUGGAUUGUAGACUUUUCAUUAUACACAAGUAUAGUUUAUAUUAUGUCAGAGGUGUAUACAGCAAUAUUUCCUUUGAAGGAUGAGUUCAACUUGAGCAUGGUGUGGUGUCUUCUAGUAGUCCUGUUUUCAUUUAAAAUACUCCUCUCCCUUACAAAACAGUAUUUUACAAGUGAGGAAUCCAUCGGCGAAAGGUCCACCUGCAUUGUGGCGUUCUGUGCAUUUCUCCUCAUUGCCAUGAUGGUGCUCAUUGUAGACGAGAAGAAUCUUGAAGUGGGUGUAGACCCUGCAUAUGACAGCUUUUACGAAAAUGCUUCCAAGUUCCUUGAAAAUCAAGGGCUUUCUUCUGUAGGCCCAGCUUCCAAACUGAUUUUGAAAUUUUCGUUUGCUGUGUGGGCCGCUAUCAUUGGGACUCUGUUCACAUUCCCUGGAUUGAGAGUCGCGAGAAUGCAUUGGGAUUCUUUGAGAUACUACAACGAAAACAAAGUCAAGUCUCUGCUCUUAAACUUAAACUUCGCGAUGCCUUUCGUGCUGGUGCUUCUAUGGGUGCGCCCGGUGACGCGAUACUACCUCACCGAGAGAGUCUUCAGCGGCAUGGAGAAGCCUUUAAUGAGUGCGCAAGCGUUUGAUACACUGCGUCUGAUCCUCGUGGUCCUGACAGUGACACUGCGCAUUGUAUUGAUGCCGCGUCAAUUGCAAGCGUACCUCGAUAUGGCGCAACGGAGACUCGACGUUCAGAAGAAGGAGGCUGGACGUAUCACUAAUAUUGAUUUACAGAAAAAGAUAGCGUCAGUGUUCUACUACCUGUGCGUGGUCGCGCUACAAUACAUUUGCCCGAUCGUCAUGUGUUUAUAUUUGACGCUGAUGUACAAAACUCUAGGAGGGUACUCAUGGACAUCAUUGUUCUAUGAGAAGGAAGAAAUGUGCUCUGCGGUCAACAAUACUGCUGCCAGUAGUACUGUUGAAGGCGUAGAACAAUUCCAGCUUGCUUGGGAGAAUUUGAAAAUGGUAUUCACAGAGGAAGUAUACAAAGGUGUAUUUGGUUUCGCGACGUGGUGGUGUUGUUUCUCCUGGUUCAUCACGACCUCUCUCGGCAUGGCGUACCAGACGUACUUCAGAAUCUCGUGAUGAACAUAUCUUACUCUCAUCGUAGCUAAAUGCGCUUGCUCAAUCGAAGUGACAAAUAUGUGUACUGUACUUUUGUAAGUGGCUACGGUGCCGUAAUUUCAGUUUCAUUCUAUAUUUUGUUCAAGUGGAAAUUAAUUGUCUUUACUUUAUUGUUUUUCCUGUAUUAUAUAGUUUUAGGUGUACCUAAAAUAGGUCUAAAUAGUUAGGUCUGUAGAUCUACUGAAACUAUUAAAGUGCCUCGAUUUAUCAACCGCAUUUUGGUGCAAGAAUUAGUUAGUGUUUCUAGUCAGGUUUUAUUUUGUAUUAUGUUAUGCGUUUGUGAGUGAAAUAAGUCUCAAUGUGUUCAUAUUUUCAGAGAUUACAAGUAAAUUGUAACUUUUAAAAUUUGAACGCAUUGUAUGACAAAUUUUUAAAAGACUUAACUACCUACUCGUGUAGUUUCUAAGAAUUUGCUAAAAGAAAAUCGGCUUAUGAUAAAAUAAGUUACUGGAAGUGAAGAAUAAAUGAUUGCGACUUAGUUAAUAAGCAAAAACGUGAUUCAUUUGAAGAAUCUUAGCACAAGCAAUGUAUUUAUUGUAAUUUUUAAAUGGACUGUUUUUAUUAAAUAUUUGAAGUUUUA